CCAACCAUAUGGAUAUUUCUGAGUGGAUGAUUCUCAUAUCUUUCUUUCCGGAGACUUGGAUUGAAUUGAAUCGAAUCGAGUGGACUCAUCAUAGAAAAUGGAUUUGGGCACAGCUCAUGUUCUCUCGUCAUCUCCGCCGCUGAUUCACAAGCGUCUGCAUCUGCAGGCUUCCGUCUGCGUCUGCAGGCUUAACUACUUCCCUGCCAUUGGGGGCUUGUUAUUUCAACGUUCCUGGAUUGCAAGCCUUGUAGUUGAUGUGCAGAAUCGACAGAAUGUCCGAUUGCAGUCGUCUUCCACAGUGUGCAAAAACAACAAGUUGAGAGUUCGUUGCAGUCAGGUGGAAGUGGAGGAAGACAGCCUAGGUAAUACCGCUGAGGAAGCGUGUGAAUUAGUGAACGGGACAGAACUGAUCAUUGGAGAUGGCAUCGAAGCUUACCUAUUCAAGGCUGUCAAGAACAACAAUUCCACCGGCAUACUACUUUUGUCCGACAUUUUCGGCUUCCAGGACUCCUCCACCAGAGAUUUCGCAUAUCGUGUCGCCUGCGGUGGCUACAACGUCAUUGUUCCUGAUUUAUUUAAUGGAGAUCCAUGGAGCAAAGACAGGCCAAGUAGUUUGCUUGAGCAAUGGAUUAGUAAGCAGAAAGCAGAAGCCAUAACAGAAGCCAUAUCAGCAUCAGCAAAAUGGAUGGUGGACGAAUUCGAAUCGGUGGGGAUUUCGAAGAAGUUGGGGAUCAUAGGUUUCUGCUAUGGUGGUGGUCGAGUGGUAGACAUCCUAGCCAAAGACCAGGGUGCAUACUUUGGGUGUGGAGUUUCCUUCUAUGGCACCAACAUCGACAUUGAUGCAGGUAGCAAGGUAAAGGUGCCUCUGUUGGUAAUUACAGGGGAGAACGACGCACUCUGCCCGGUCUCGACUCUGAAGGAGAUAUCAGAGAGGAAUAAGGAAUGGAUAAAAAUGGUGGUUUUCAAGGGGAGGGGUCACGGUUUUGCUCACAGGCCCCAGAGUGUGGAGGAAGACGAAGAUGCAGAGGAAGCUUUUGUGUUGAUGAGAGACUGGCUAACAGAUGGAUUGUUAAAUUAAUUUCCCAAGUUUGAUGUAAUGUAAUAUGUAAUAUAUAUGCGUAGUAAAUUAAUGGUGAUAUGAUUGUACAUGUACAUGACUUGUUCCUUAGACAAAAGGUUUUGCACUA